UAGCCACGUCUGCUCUAGAUAUUUCAGCCACAUAAAAUGGAUUGGGUUCUGUGUCUAUAUCUAUCCGUGUCUUUUUUCAUAGGGCUGAUCAUUUUAACAUUAAAUUUAAAAUUUAGAAAGUCAAUGCAUGGCUUACAGGAGCUCCCAUGCCUCCCAUCACUCCCUUUCAUCGGCAGUCUGCUGAGUCUAAUAAGCGAACAUCAGCCUCACGUGCUUUUCAAGAAACUACAGGAGAAAUAUGGCCCGAUAUAUUCACUGAUGAUGGGCUCCAAUAGAUUAAUUAUUGUCAACCAGUAUUCACAUGCCAAAGAGGUACUGCUGAAGAAGGGCAAGAUAUUUGCAGGAAGACCAAGAACCGUAACGACAGAUGUGCUGACCAGGGAUGGGAAAGAUAUUGCUUUUGGAGACUACAGUGCAACCUGGAAGUUCCACAGGAAAAUUGUCCAUGGAGCUCUCCACAUGUUUGGACAUGGGUCUGCUUUAAUUGAAAAGAUCAUCUGCACACAGGCCGACUUGCUUUGCUCCAUCAUGCAAGAGAAAGCUGCUUCUGAACAAUCAGCGGAUUUUUCUCCCGAACUAAUGUGCGUGGUCACCAACGUCAUCUGUUCACUCUGUUUCAACUCCACGUACUCCGUGGGAGAUCCUGAGUUUGAGUCCAUGCUUCAAUACAGCCAGGGUAUUGUGGACACUGUUGCCAAAGACAGCUUGGUGGACAUUUUCCCAUGGUUACAGGCUUUCCCAAAUGCGGACCUACGUCUCCUGAAACAAUGUGUAUCUGUGCGAGACAAACUUCUACAGAAGAAAUAUGAAGAACACAAGGCAGAAUACAGUGACAAUUUGCAGAGAGACUUGAUAGAUGCUCUACUCAGAGCCAAGCGACACGCUGAGAACAACAACACACCAGAGAUGAGUUCGGAGUCCUUGGGGCUUAGUGAUGAUCACAUCCUUAUGACCGUGGGGGAUAUCUUCGGUGCUGGAGUGGAAACCACCAUGACUGUACUCAAAUGGGCCAUCAUCUACCUUAUCCAUAAUCCUGAGGUACAGAAACGUAUUCAGGAAGAGAUGGACCGCAAAUUAGGGAAAGAACGACAUCCCCUCCUAAGUGACCGAGGCAGUCUGCCAUACCUGGAGGCCACAAUAAGGGAAGUGUUGCGGAUACGUCCAGUUUCCCCUCUUCUCAUCCCUCACGUGGCCCUACAGGACACGAGCAUUGAAAAUUUCAAAGUGCGAAAAGGGACCAGAGUCAUUGUCAACCUUUGGUCUCUGCACCAUGAUGAGAACGAAUGGAAAGACCCUGAGCUCUUCGACCCUGGUCGAUUUUUGAAUAGCGAAGGCACAGGUUUGAUCAACCCAUCAUCCAGCUACAUGCCAUUUGGAGCCGGGAUCAGAGUGUGUCUUGGCGAGGCCUUAGCCAAGAUGGAACUUUUUAUCUUCCUUUCCUGGAUUCUGCAGCGCUUUACAUUAUCCUCCCCGCCAGGACAACCUCCACCACUGUUGGAGGGCAGGUUUGGCGUCGUGCUUCAACCAGCCAAAUACAGGGUGACGGUCAUACCCAGAUCAAGUUGGAUGACAAACGAGUACCAGGCCUGCUAACUUGUGGUUACAUCAGUUUUGCCAUGAUUUAUUUUAACACAAAAAAAAGGCUCGAAAGGUACAACUCACAAUUUUCUUUUUUGCUUUUUCCCAAAGGCCAAAUACUAGUAUUAAAAAAUGUUGGGAAAUAUAAAAUGCAUGAAGUAGAAAAUAAUCUUUGUGGCUAUCAGAAAGACAAGUUCAGUUCAAUUUAUUCACACAUUAUUCAAAGUAUACAAUGCAUGUAAUAAACAACCAGACACAGUAUAUGUUUAUACAAUCAGAUGCGUGAAAGGGACACUCCAAGGAAGCUAUUUAAAGCUUAACAGGGAUCCAGGUUUUCACAAAUAUGAUAUAUUGGCCAGAUAUCUUUGUCCUUGUGAAUGUGGAUAGUCAUAUAAUAAAAAGUGUUUAGUGAGAACUGAGCUGUGUCAGGUGUUGUGUAUCUUGAAUGUAUAUUAUUAUUAUAAAGGUAUAAAACAUUUUUUUACCCCCCAGAAAAACCCACAUUUCUGCCGCAAUGUGCGGGACAAAAUCGAAAGAACCUGUGUCG